UACUAAAGUAGAUAAAAUUAUAACUCUUAAUGAAGACUGCUCCACAUCAAAGGCUAGUUAUGGUUGGUGAUCGUGAUGGAUUGAAAGAAUUACUACGUCGCCGAUUAGUUGAAUGUGGUUGGAGAGAUCAAGUAAAAUUAAUUUGUAAGGAAUUAAUAAAAGAACACGGUCAUGAUAUUACUUAUGAUAAAUUACUUUCAAUGGUCACAACUAAAGCAAGGACACUUGUUCCAGACUCUGUUAAAAAGGAACUUUUACAGAAAAUAAAAAAUCAGCUUAUUGCUCAAGAAGAAAAAUUAAAAAUGUAA